AUGGAUGAACUCAAGUCGGGAGCCACUAAUACGACAAGUGGUAACAAUGAUUUCAUGUUCGAAAGUUACCCGCAGCGGGUCGUCAUCGCAUUCAUUCUUUGUCUCAUUACAGUCGUCGGCAUCGUAGGGAACAUCCACGUCAUACUCGCUGUCCUGCUCUGUCGAAAGCUGAGGUCAUCCACUAAUUGGCUAAUUGUCAAUCUCGGCAUGGCUGACCUCCUAACCUGCCUAUUCCUCCCGUUCAAUGUUGUAGCGAUGGUGAGCAAAGACGGAUGGCCGUUCGCAGAAUGGAUCUGCGCAAUGACUGGAGUCGUGACGUUGACCUGUCUUGGAGCUAGCAUCAUAAGCCUUGUCCUCAUCGCUCACAACAGGUGGACUCUCCUCACAAAGCCUAGACAUACAUUUUACCGUAUCUAUUCCAGUCGUAACCUCAUUGGCAUGGCGAUAGUUUCUUGGAUGUACCCAUUGUUGCUUGUCAUAAUUCCAUCAAUGGCAGGGCUCGCGAAAUGGGGAUAUUCAGAAAACUACAAGACAUGCCUUCAGGACACCACCUUGUCAAACUCCAUUUUUUACAGCAUUAUAGGUUUGGUAGGCUGUAUCAUCCCAGCAGCUGUUGCUAUCGUAAUUAUCUACAUACUUGUCUACCAAUUCGUUUCGCGCCAUAAUAAAGCAUUGGGGAGAAUGUUGACUGACGACUCGAGAGACGUUAGGACUUCCUGUAUGGGUGUGGACAGCAGUUGGACAGACUCUCAGGGUCACCAGAAGAGCGUAGACCUGUCUGGACCAAGAUCAACUUCAGUGAACUCGGUCACAGCUGGAGAUACCACUCGCUCUACACUUCGGACUAUGCCUAUCAGCAAUGUAGGAGAAGCAACUAACCAGGACAUUUCAGUGGACCACGAGCUAGCAGAAAGAAAUGUUGCCAAAAGACAAAUGGAAUUGCAACUUCCCAUCAGGCUUAGUGGAGACCUACUUGGUAACAGAGAAUGGUCGAUGGUGACAUCCCAGGUUGAGAAUCGAGCACCAGGGAACGAAUUAAGCGAGAUUAAUCGAGAAAUUUCAGCAUCCAAUCCUACAAAAACCCCUGCUUCUGCUGUUGAUUCGAGAAGUUCACCGAAGAUUUCGCGCCACCACAUCAACGUCACAAAACGUCUGUCCUCGUUGGUGAUUUGUUUCUUUAUUUGUUUCCUACCGUUCGGGAUCUGCUUGAUCGUACCUACCAGUGAUCCUGUGGUUCCAUGGGGACAUCUCCUCUUUAUGGUCAAUAGCUGCAUCAACCCUUUUAUCUAUGCAGGAACCAUGCCGAUAUUUAGGAAGGUGAUGAUAUCUAUAGUACGUUGCAGGUUUCAUAGCAUUCCUGAUCAUGUAGAUUUUGUUCGGUUUUGCCGUAGUCAUGAUGGAUAG